AUGAGAGACGAUGACACCUUACGUCAUGCGUUGUCUUCUGGACCAUAUGACCCAUAUUUACCUAAGGAAGGUACUGCUGGCGGCCCGCCUUCAAAAACUGUGGAAAUCCAAAAACAAAUCGAUGAGACAGUAGGAAUUAUGCGUGAUAAUCUUAAAACUGUUGCUGAAAGAGGAGAGAGAUUAGAUACAUUACAUGUCAAAACUGAAAAUUUAUCAAUUUCAGCUCAAGGAUUUCGUCGUGGAGCAAAUAAAUCUUCUCUUGUGAUCGUUGAUUCAGACCAAGGUUAUUAUUGA